AUGUGGACCUGCGCUGUGACUAACAAAUCGUGCUGCAAUGGUUCAGAAGAAAGCGAGACGUUCGGGGACACGUUCGGGGACACGUUCGGGGACACGUUCGGGGACACGUUCGGGGACACGUUCGGGGACACGUUCGGGGACACGUUCGGGGACACGUUCGGGGACACGUUCGGGGACACGUUCGGGGACACGUUCGGGGACACGUUCGGGGACACGUUCGGGGACACGUUCGGGGACACGUUCGGGGACACGUUCGGGGACACGUUCGGGGACACGUUCGGGGACACGUUCGGGGACACGUUCGGGGACACGUUCGGGGACACGUUCGGGGACACGUUCGGGGACACGUUCGGGGACACGUUCGGGGACACGUUCGGGGACACGUUCGGGGACACGUUCGGGGACACGUUCGGGGACACGUUCGGGGACACGUUCGGGGACACGUUCGGGGACACGUUCGGGGACACGUUCGGGGACACGUUCGGGGACACGUUCGGGGACACGUUCGGGGACACGUUCGGGGACACGUUCGGGGACACGUUCGGGGACACGUUCGGGGACACGUUCGGGGACACGUUCGGGGACACGUUCGGGGACACGUUCGGGGACACGUUCGGGGACACGUUCGGGGACACGUUCGGGGACACGUUCGGGGACACGUUCGGGGAGACGUGGAUGCGCGUCUCGAACGAUGUGACGAACGCGGGGUCGAUGAACUAA